AUGACUUUGGAGGAAUCACAGGAGUACAGUGCAGAAUAUCUGGACAAUGGUCAAGCUCUAGAUGAACCACUGGUGCUGUUUGGGGACAUUGCUGUGGACACUGGUUUAAAGAACUCAGAUCCGUGCACUGCCAUUGGAUGCAAGAGGCCCAAGUCCAUCGAUGGGAAUGUCUACGCAGCCUAUAAGAUCUCAGACCAGUACUCCCCUCCUUCGGAGCCGAGGCGACUGGAGCGGGAGCUGAAGGAGCAGCCUCCAAGGCAACGGGAACCAAAGGAGGUUUUUGCUGUUCUUUGUCUGGCUUUGCAGAAGGAGGGGCUGAGGGAGGAGCCUCUGAGGACCAUGUUCACCAUGUUCCCCUCCACAUCCACUGUACUGCUGCUGCUUCUGGGUUUGGUCUCAGCUCACUGCUGGUCUGAGGAGGAGGAAUCACAGGAGUACAGUGCAGAAUAUCUGGACAAUGAAAACAGCACUGAGGACGAUGAAUACACUGUGUCAGCUUUGAUUGAAAAGGCCAAUAAGAACCUGGGUCAAGCUGAAGGUGAACCACUGGUUUUGUUUGGGGACAUUGCUGUGGAUCCUGGUUUAAAGAACGCUGAUCCCUGCACUUCCCGUCGGUGCAAGUGGCCCAAGAGGAGAGGGACUGUCUCUGUGCCCUAUGUGAUCUCAAAUCAGUUCUCAAACCAAGAGAGAUCCACCAUUGAAUCAGCUCUUGGUGCUUUUGCCUCCUCUACUUGUGUUCGCUUCAGGCGGCGCACCAGAGAGAGAGAUUUCAUCAGCAUUGAGUCACGUUCAGGAUGCUGGUCUUUCGUUGGGCGGAGAGGUGGCCUUCAGCAGCUGUCUCUGCAACGGAGGGGGUGUGUCUUUCCCCAUGUGAUCCAGCAUGAGAUGCUGCAUGCGCUUGGAUUCAACCAUGAACAGACACGCUCUGACCGUGAUCAGCAUGUCCGUAUCCUCCUCCAAAAUGUCAUCCAGGGGAUGGAACACAAUUUCCGCAAAAUCGAAACCAACAACUUGGGAACUCCUUACGACUACAACUCAAUCAUGCACUAUUCCAGGACUGCUUUUUCUAGGAAUGGACAACCCACCAUAGUUCCCAUUCCUGACCCAAAUGUGCCCAUUGGUACAGCCACACGGAUGAGUCCCAAUGACAUCCUGAGGGUGAACAAGCUAUACAGAUGCAGUAAGACCACGCUCACCAUGUUCCCCUCCACAUCCACCGUACUGCUGCUGCUUCUGGGUUUGAUCACAGCUCACUGCUGGUCUGUGGAGACGCAGUCAUCUGAAUACAAUGCAGAGUAUCUGGAUGAUGGUGAGGAUUUUCUUUAUUAG